AUGUCAGAGUUUAAAGUUAAGGCCGGUUUGGCGCAGAUGUUGAAGGGCGGCGUGAUCAUGGACGUCGUGAACGCGGAGCAAGCCGUGAUCGCAGAGCGCGCAGGUGCGUGCGCGGUGAUGGCGCUGGAGCGCAUCCCCGCUGACAUGCGCAAGUCGGGCCAAGUAUGCCGGAUGUCGGACCCUAAAAUGGUGCGCGAGAUCAUGGCUGCGGUGUCGAUCCCGGUGAUGGCCAAAGUGCGUAUCGGUCACACAGUGGAGGCACAGAUCCUGCAGGCGCUGCAAAUCGACUACAUCGAUGAGAGUGAGGUGCUGACGCCUGCGGACAAGCAGAACCACAUCCGCAAGAGUGAGUUCACUGUGCCUUACGUGUGCGGAGCCAAGAACCUGGGCGAGGCGCUGCGCCGCAUCAGCGAGGGCGCGGCAAUGAUCCGCACCAAGGGCGAGGCCGGCACGGGUGACGUGAGCGAGGCGGUCAAGCACAUCACACAGAUCCGCGCUGAGAUCGCCUGGGCCAAGGAGAAUCUACGCACGGCCGAGGAGCUCGAGGCACAUGCUAAGGAGCUGCGUGUCCCCGUGGAGCUGCUGAAGGACGUUCUCAGCCGUGGCAAGCUGCCCGUGGUGAACUUCGCCGCCGGUGGCGUCGCCACGCCAGCGGACGCCGCGCUGCUCAUGCAGCUGGGCUGCGACGGUGUCUUUGUCGGUUCCGGGAUCUUCAAGUCGUCGAACCCCGAUAAGCUGGCGCGUGCCAUCGUACAGGCCACCACCCACUACGAAGACCCCAUGAAGCUGCUUGAGGUCUCUACGGAUCUCGGUGACCUCAUGGCCGGCGUCAGCAUCGACAGCAUCAACAAGGGCAACGGCAUCCGCCUCUCCGAGGUCGGGUGGUGA